GUUGGACAAUUUGAAUGUCCUUUGGUAUAUAGGCAAACAUUUUCGCUUCAUUGGCGAUUAAAACCGAAUAACGCUAUAAAUGGAAUUGAAUCUAGUGUUCUCAAUUCGUUUGCUGUUAAUAACCGAAAGCAUAUGUUUGUCUAUGCUAAAGAAAGUUCUAUUGUAUAUAUCAAGAUUUCGGAGGUGGGCCCAGAUGAUAAAAUUGAUGAUGCUUCUCGGUCUACGAACUCUUCCCAAAUUAUCAAUUCUGUAAGCGCUAUUCAAUCUGAAACGUCGUCAGUCAACACUGCGGAGGAGUUUCGAAGAUCUCCAUCUAGCAAGAGUGGUAGCAGUCCCAAAACCUCUACUACUCUUUCACCUGGUUCUAAAAAACCUUCAUCGCAACAGCGUAUUUCAGAAUCGAGGGAGCUAGUAGUUGAAGUCUUUGGAAUAGAUCCGCCUGGUAAAGAGAUCACGGAAGAAUUAAUGGAUUUACUGGAAACUAGAUUAAUGACUAAUAUCACAUUGACUGCUAUGUCAACUUUUCUUGUUCGUAACCCCAAGUUCAACCCUACUCGGGAG